UCAAUACCCUCAUUCCUUCGACAGUCUUAUGAAGACCUGACUAAAAUAAAACAAAUUAAUUUUCAAAGUUCCAAGUUUAUUUUACUUUGCGGCUUUGUGCAUAUGCUACGCCGUGGUUGGCUGUCUUGAGUAAAUCAUGCUCAGUAAAAUGUCCAGACAUGUGAAGACGUGAUAAGCCGAGCUGCCUAAAAUAGGAUUGAACGUAGUGAUGGCUGGCUCAUCUGUCUAACAGAUACAAAUUGGCUAUCUCAAUGUUCAGUAUCAUUAUCUUCCUGUGGGAACCUACUUGCCAUUGGUAACAAAAACCGUCUAUGCCUGCUCACUUCACAGUGGAUAAGUUCAACAGACAGCAACACAUUUUUAAUUGUAUGGAGUGGAACACUACCUGCAGACAUAACUGUAGUCUUAGCAUUACCCAUCUGUCCAUCACAACAAUCUUCACAGAAUGGCCCAGACUGGUUUUGUAUCAUAGUCGGUUUUAAAAAUGGCACUGUCGGUUUCUAUACUAACACUGGCCAUUUGUUGCUACUAGAAAAACUUGAUGACAAACCUGUUAUGAGGAUCUCAUGCCACACUGGAACAUAUGGAACAUUACCAGAUGAUGUACAUAUUCUGUUCCAAAAUUGCGAGUGUAUUAUUACUGGAGCCAGCUUAUUUCAGACAUUAAAAAAUGCUAAAGCUCAAUUAGCUAGAGUUCAAGCUGGAAUCCUUAAUGACUACUCCAUUGAUAGUCGUAAUAUAAACAUUAGAAAGUGGACAUUUUCGGAACAAGAAAUUAUCAAUGAUGCUGCACUUGUGGGCCUUGAACUGAAAAAUACAUAUGAUCACCUUCUAGCAGCAUCAACUUAUGGUGGCUAUGAUACUUGGUAUAGAUCCAUUCCCCCAGUCAACUCAUUAAUCCUUGGAGCUGGCAACAAACCAUAUUUAGGUUUCCAUUAUGCACUCGAAGGGGGCACAACGCCCCCCCUUCAAGAUGUUGCUAGAGCAGUAGCAAACAAGAUAAAAUCAGCUUUACCAGGAUGGCUCGGUGGUGCUAACGCAGAAAAUACUGCAGCUAGUACGGAACCGUUGGUGAGAUCGGAACCUCUGUCUAUGCGGAACGGUCUGUACGAUACACAACGACAAGGUAAUUCGGUGGUAAUAUCACCAGACCGCCGGCUCGCUGCAGUCGCUGAUAGCUUUGGUCGUGUAGCGGUACUCGACAUUAAAAGAGGUCACUUGAUUAGACUUUUCAAAGGAUGCAGAGAUGCGCAGUGUGCAUUUGUUCAGAUAUUUGAUAUGGAUAACAAAAAACCUCAACUUUCAAUUGUUAAAGAAAUUAAAAGAGCUAUAUUUCUAAUAAUUUAUAAUCCUAAAAAAGGUUUAAUAGAUAUAAGAUUAAUGCAGAGAGGAAAUCGAGUGGCUGUAUUUACUGCUACCAAAAAUGGCCAACUUAUUUACAAUACUUGUGGAUUGGUUGGUGCAGAGAAAAAUUAUACUCAUAAAAAACUUAAUUUACCAGAAUUUCAAUGCGUAUUGAUCGACCCCGAUGGUAGACUCAAAAGGUUCAACAUCCCAUUUUUCUAUGCCUUAGAUGGAGAACAUUCGCAAAGAUCUAAAGAUUUACACACUUUGCGAGACCUACGGGAUUAUAUUAAGAAAACAACCACUGAUUAUGAUAAUUACCAUGAUGAAAUUGUUAAAAGGGCCAGAGAACUAAAAACAACAGAAUUAAAAAAACACUGUAUAGAAAUGUUGAUAAGAAAUUAUGAUAUUGAUCCAAAGAUCAUUAUGUCCUGCGUAAAUUAUUUCUGGAAUAGCAUACCAAAUCAUGAUAUUAAUGAAAAAGAACAAGAACUUAAAUAUUACCUUACGAAUAUAACACUUGUAACGUUGUUUUAUAGGCGUAUUCAUAAUGAAAUAACUGAUGAUAUGGAAGAUUUGGUCACUGAGAUAAAUAACAGUUCAGCAUUACAAGAAAAUAAUGUAAUAGUCAAUUUAUCAUAUGCAGAAGAAUCAUCUAUGCCUAAUUUUCAUCUUUUAGAAGAUGACAAUUGUAUCCUUGAAAAAUUAUUGCUGUUAUCACAAGAAAACUAUUACAAAGAACACCAACAUGCCAAAGUAAAAUUUGCUGACUGUAAUACAAGUACUUUCAAAGAAUUUGUUUCCUGUUUUAAUUUAGAAAAACAAGCUAAAUACAUUUCUUUGAAACCUGAUUCAUCAAUCGAAAAAUUAAAUAACCUAGCUUCUGAUGCUUUCAAAACAAUAUUUAAAAUGAAUGAUUUAAAAAAAUUAAGUCAUUUGAUAAUUGACAGUCAUUUUGAUCCUAAAGAAAUACUGAAAUUAGUAAUUAUGCAUGUAAAUAACAUGUCUCUGGAAGAUAUUAAUGUUGAAGUGAUAGAAAAGUUCAUAGCCGUCCUGUAUUAUAUUUGCAGAGUUUCAGAGAGAGCUAUAGGAAUGACAUAUAAUGAAAUAUCACCCUGGUGGCAAGAUGUUCGGGACAUACUUGUUGAUAUGCCCUGUCCCUUGAGAAGCAUGGUAGUUGCGAUGGCUUGUAAAGCUGUGGGAAGAUUGUUUGAAAGGAAUUCCUCGGAUGAAGAUGCAUGGGAGUCUUUAACAAAAGAAAAUGCUAAAUGGGGUAUACUUAUUGGCAAACUUGAGGAUAUUUCCAUUCUAAGCAUAAUAUUAGUGUAUAAAGAGAACUUCAAUGGAGAAAUAUUACCGAAACUACAAUUUGAGGACUUUAAUAUUAAUCUAAAGUUCAUUUAUACGAGGGGUAAAGGUUCUGUAACUGAAUUGAUAGCAAAGUGGCUCUGCAGUAUGGGUGUACCUCCGGAAGCUAUAGUCGUUAAUGAACUGAUUGAUAAACAAACUUUAAACUCUGAUACUGUAGAACCUGACGAUGAUAGCAAUCCUAUUUAUCCAUUCCUAGAAAAUAAUCGGAAAUUCGUAGACGACAAUCCCAGAAUAUUUAAAUGGCUUUCUCUUUUAUGUCGCCAGUUUCCAUUGAGUACAUCAGCCAAUUAUAUAAUCGCUAACAUGUCCUGGGAGUAUGCAAUGGCUUGGCAAAAAAAUAUGCAAAAUACCAAUGCACUAAAAGCAGUUAAUUCAUGUUUGGUGAAUAUAUCCGAUUUACAUUUACGUUUAGGACUAAUGUCUAUAAUAUGGUCUACAUACAUUAAACAUAUCUUUGAGAUCACAUGCCGUUUGGUGAAUAAAGUCGGCAGAUUGCCGAAAGAUCCUUUAUGCCUGCAAGAUAUUGGCUUCGGCAACACAAAUCUCUUGAAUUUUCUGGAAAUUACAACGGAAUAUUUGAGUAAUUUUUUGAGUUGUUUGACAAUGUCAAUCAACCAAGAAAAACAAAUAAUACAGUUUGAAAAAAUCUGGGACGAUAGUUCGCCCUCGUUAGUAGAAGUUGCACAGGAUGUAAAAAAUAUUAAUAGCGAUAUAUUAAACCUGAAUUAUCAAAUUUCAUGUACGAUAUAUUACCAAUGUCAUUUCAAUAUAAAAUUCUCGAAGCCACUGGAUAUGUUAUAUGACAUCGAUUACCAAUACAUAUUCGAUGCUCUCACUGGAAAUGUUUUAAGUAGAGAAAUAAACAUGAAAGCUUCAGAAAAAAUAAGAAAUCCACGAUUUAAAUUUAUCACUAAACUGAUUAGAGCUGCUAUUGAAACCAUAACCUCUGUUGAUUGUAAUGGCCCAUUUAAACAAUAUAAUGAUGGAGAAUGUGUACAAUGGAUCGAUAACAUCACAACACUUUCAGAUCUUUGGAAUAUAGAUAUUGAUUUUGUACGACGUCAACAGGUUAUAGCUUUAUAUCAUUUGGGAUAUGACUUACUGGCAGAAAAUGUAGUGGGUUCAAUUAAAGAACCUGAAGUUAUCUUGUCACCAAUAUUAGCUAUAACAAUCCAGAGAUUGAAACGUAGCUUAGAACAUUCUAACAACCAACCAGAAUGGAUUGUUACUAUUUCUCCGCACCUUUACAAACGCUUACAAAAUACUGUGUUGGACACGUCAAUACCAGCUCACCCAUCACUGUCUACCACAAUAUUAGUACUUCAAAAAUUAUUAUAUCAAUGUGAUAAAAAAUCAACUGAUUCACCAUCAGACAUACAAAAUAUUAAAUUAGCGGAACUGAUCAUCGAAAACUGCGGAGUUUUGCUUAAACGAAAACUAUAAGUUGUUUUAUUGAGAUAGCAUUGAUAUUAAUUUUCACAAUUUUAAAUUUGUUUACAAUUUGUCAGCACAUUCUAGUUCAUAUGGAUUAAUUUCAAACGAAAAAUAACGAUUUUUGAGUAUGCCGCUCAAAAUCAGGUUCUAUGACUAUGACACUUUUGCAAUUAAAUAUAUCAUUGCUUUUAGUAUUCCAGUUUUCAAUGUAUGACAAAAAGUAUUUUCUGUUGACGAAUAUAAUCAUCGGAUGUUGAGACAGGAGGGGAAGGUAGCUGCCCCUCCUAGUAAAGUGUAAAAAAGCACACACGCUGAGUGCUUCUGAAUCGUAGAAUAAAAAUUUGUAGGCUAUAUUAUAUUUAAAAUUAUCGAAAAUGAAUUGACAUAGUAAGCUUUAAUAUAUAUUUAUUACCUUUAAUAAUCGAUUUGUUGACAUUUUUAAAGUUAUCAGUUUUCCCUUGCCUACUCAUCGCCACUGGCUAUAUCCUUACUGACGAGUAUGACAUGCCCUCAAUCUAAUCUACCACAAAAAGAGAAAAGAUGUGAUUGUUUGUUUGUAAUGGAUAAUCGCAAAAAUAUGCUUAACCAAUUUUAAAAAUUCUUUUACCUGUAAAAAGCUAUACCUAUUAUCAACGAUGAACAAAAAACUAUAUAUUAUUAAAAAAAAAAUAGACAUCCUCACGAGGUCCGAAAAUUUUAACCCAAAGUUUAAAGAUUAGGCAAAUUUUUGAAACUUUAAUGUGAAAUACUAAUUUAUCUUUCUAUCUAUCUACUUGUGCAAAGCCGAGGCAAAUCUCUAGUUACUAAUACUUAGAAACAAUUUGCUAUAUUUGUAGUUACUACAAAGAUGUUAUGUGAUUAAUAUAGUAAGCUAAAUGUUAUGUAAUAUUUUAAUUUAUUAUCAAACGAAAGCUCUUACUAUGUGCAUUUAAAAAUGUAAACCUAAUAAUAGUAACCUUUAUAAAUAUUGAUAAGUAGAGUGUAAAAACAGGUUUACAUCAACAUACCUCUUAACAGUCUCAAGCGCGGAUCCACCGUUCUAGGCACGAUAAGCACGCCCACAACCCUAAUAGACUUUGAUGUCAGGCUAUGACGAUCUAUUCAAGCUAGGCUGAUGAUAUUAUAUCCAAUGCCUUUAUGCUUUUAAUAUAAUAUUUUAGUAACUUUCUUGACUAUACAAAAUACAAACUGACAUUUUACAGGUCUAUUAAUUUACUAGUAUUCACCCGUCGGUUUUGCCCACAUGGAACUAUACACUGUACAAAAUCUUGGUCAGGUCGUCAUUUAUUUUAUAAACAUCUCUCUACAAAUACACUAUAUUGAUCAUGAGCGAGUUUAUACUCCGACACUUGGCCGAUUAUCGACUGUGACCACCCAGGUUGGAUCCGCGCCUGAACUGACUAUAAAAGUUAUGAUAAAUAAUGCUAGUGUUUAUAUUGUAAUAUAUUAUGUAACACACCAAUAAUCUUGAUCCAUAUAUAAUACACUACUUAUAAUUUCUUCAUAUUUCUGUUCAUAUGGGCAAAGAAUGAAAUAAAUAAAUAUUUAAAAAAAUAAAAUAAUAACUAAAAGUAA